CCUCAGCGCUCAGUGUAUAAAAGAGAGCCGAAGAGGUGAGACGCGAGUGAAAAAAUGAUCUGACAAUGCCGGCUUACAGUGACCUGGAGGGCCGCCUCGGCGCCAAACGUUCGUGCAAGAACCUUCUGGCGGUCAUCGUGGUCGUGGCCUUCGUGUGUGGCUUAACAAUUGGCGUUUCCUUCGCGUUGUGGUGUCUCAAACCCCGAGAAACGGUCUCCGAAGCGGCCAUCAGGAGCGUCUUCCUCAACAACAGCAACAACUUUGUCUCGUUUGUUGAUAACGUGGGGGAAGUGGUCACGGGGGGUGUCUACUGGGGGCGGCGCGUGGAAGCCGCGCUUCCGGCCGGCUACCGCCACCAGCAGCGCCACUGGGAGGACGUCCUCGAGGCUGGUGUAGGAGUGAAGCUGGAACGUGGUUGCGGCCGCAUGCAAAACCGCCUCCUGGUCUUCGGGGACGGCACCAAAGGCUGUGUGCGCUACCGCCAAAACACCGACCAAAUCCAAGGCGAACUCUUCAGUUUCUAUCUCGCACAAGUCCUCCAACUCCCGAAUUUGGCCCCCAGUUGUGUCACCAUCGUCGAUUUGAAGCAACCCCUCUGGAGGGGGCUCUCCAAUGACAUUGCUGCGGCACAAUGGAGUGCGAAUAAGCCAGUUGUGGUGACACAAUACAUCGAUAAUCUCCUCUCGGCGACGAUCCCCCAGGUGUUCAAACCCAACGAACGCCAUUUGAACAAGUACGAUGUGCUCAACAUGUCCUCCAAUCUACCCCAAGAGGAGCAAAUGAAGAGUUUCGUCGAGUUGGCUCAAUGGUCCGAUUUAAUCAUCUUCGAUUAUCUCACAGCCAACUUGGACCGGAUUGUUAACAAUUUGUACAAUUACCAGUGGAAUGUGAACAUUAUGGACGCUCCGGCGCACAAUCUGGCCAAAAAGGCCGAUACGGACCUGUUAGUGUUUUUGGACAACGAAAGUGGCCUUUUGCACGGUUACAGACUUUUGAAAAAAUACGAAGUUUAUCAUAAUUUAUUAUUGGAGAAUUUGUGCGUGUUUCGGAAGAGCACAGCCGACGUGAUUAAAAGACUGAAACAGAAAGGGGACGUGGGGAGACUCCUGAGGGACAUGUUCGAGCGGAAUAGUGACAUUGUCAAAGACUUGCUCCCGAUGUUGCCUGACAAAAGUGUCAAAAUUCUCAACGAACGAAUUGACAAAGUUUACGGACAGAUUGUCAAAUGUGAAGCGAUGUUCGCCGAUGAGACGUAGCGAAACGGUUAUUUAUUUUAUUUUAUUUUUUCUUAUUUAUUUGUGCCGAAAUGUGAUAGAUGAAUCUAGUAGUCGGUGGUGUACAGUGUGAUCAAAAUGUAAAUAUGUACCUACGUAUUGUAAAUUUUUGUAAAUAAUGCGACGGAACUAAUAAAACAAACUUUACACUU